AUGCACAAAGAUACAAUUGUUGUUACGCCUUUAUCUGGUACUCCAUUUGGUUGUACUGUGCAAUUACCAGAAUACUGCAAAAACGACCCUGCCUACUUGAACGAUGAAGACUUUAAGGAGUUGAAGAAGGCAGUACUUCUGCACUUGGUGGUUGUGAUUCCAGAUCAAGCCGAGUUGUUGCCAAAAUCUCAAUACAUUUUGACCAAACAGUUUGAUCCAAGUAUUCCAGAACCUAAAGAGGAAGCUGGUGCAAAUUAUGGACACGGUAAGGAGUUUAGACAUGAUAAGUCGGUGUUGAAAAAAGAUGGAUGCUCUGUGAAGAAUCAGCCUCAAGUACAAAUAUUGGGACAAGGCAGAUUUGAAGCAGACGACCAAGGAAAUGAAAAUGGAGAAGCAAUCAACCUUACACACCCAUCACACACCACCUUCCACCAUACACCAUUGACCGAGGAAGAAAUUAAGGAAAAGAAACAAACAAGAUUUUACAGAUGGCACAUUGAUAGCGCAUUGUAUGACUUGUCGCCGCCAAUGGUUACAACAUUACUCGGUAUUAAGGUGCCUCCAGCUACUCAAUAUCAAACAAUCAAGUAUGAGGAUGACGGGUCCGAGUUGAAGUUGACCCAGGGAGCUACUUGUUUUGUUAGCGGCGCACAAGCUUUUAAGAACUUGAGUGAAGAAGACAAAGAGUUUGUAUUAAAUACAACUGUUGAGUAUGCACCACACCCAUAUAUUUUCAUUUCGCCAGCAAGAGCCACUGCGGAUGGAUUGACUAUGGUCUCUGAGGAUAAAGAAAUGUCGUUUGAUGAUUUGCCCGAUUGGGAAGAGCUGAAAGUGAAGAAAUUGCCCAUGGUCUGGACCAACCCAGAGACAAAAGAACAUCAUUUGCAGGUACAUGGAUGUUGUCUAUUCAAACUCCACACCAAGAAGCCAGAUGGAAGUGUUGAAACAUUGGAUUUAAAAGAUGCCAGAGCCAAAGUGCAUAAAUUAAUGAGACCAGCCAUUGCACCAGAGAAUGUGCUUGCACACUCUUGGAAACAAGGAGAUUUGGUUUUAUUCUACAAUCGCGGGGUGUGGCAUUCGGUCACUGGCGAGUUUAAAGGAUUGGGAACAGAUGGGCAAGACGAGAGAAGGUUGAUGCACCAAUGUAACAUUGCCAGCUCUCUUGAUCCAGUAACAAUUCGUUCUUAG